GGCAAUUUUGCUGGGAGAAAUGGCAUGAACGGCGCUGAAAGCCUUGUCCGAACCCUUGUCGCAUCCAAUGUCGACACCUGCUUUGCCAAUCCGGGCACCUCCGAGAUGCAUUUCGUGGCGGCCCUCGACCGGACCGAGGGCAUGCGCUCGAUCCUUGUGUUGUUCGAAGGCGUGGCCACCGGCGCAGCCGACGGGUAUUGGCGCAUGGCCGAACGGCCGGCGUCCACAUUGCUUCAUCUCGGCCCGGGCCUUGCCAACGGGCUGUCCAAUAUCCACAACGCCCGCAAGGCCUCGUCGGGCAUGGUCAACAUCGUAGGCGAGCACGCCACCUGGCAUCUCGAGUUCGACGCGCCGCUCACUUCCGAUAUCGAGGGGCUGGCCCGGCCCCUGUCCGAUUGGGUGCGCACCUCGCGCGGUGCCCAGGCGAUCGGCCAUGAUGCCGUCGAUGCGGUCGCUGCCGCGCGCGGCGCUCAGAUCGCGACACUGAUAUUGCCCGGUGACACCGCCUGGAACGGUGGCGGGAUCAUCGGUCAUGGCUGCGAAACGGAUAUCGAUGCCGCCGUGGACCCCGACGCCGUGGAGGCCGCCGCGCGGGCCCUGGCUUUGGGCGAACAGGCCAUGAUCAUUCUCGGUGGCCGUUCGAUCAGCGGCGAAGCGCUGGACCUUGCGGGCCAGAUCGCGGGGAAAACCGGCGCCCGGGUCGCCACGCAAUUUUUCAGCGCGCGGACGCAACGCGGCGCCGGUCGGGUUCCAGCGUUUAGUAUACCCUACAAUGUCGACGCGGCACUGACCGCGCUCAAGGACUACCGAGAGAUCAUCACCGUAGAAACAGGCGAACCGAUCUCAUUUUUUGCCUAUCCCGACAAGCCCAGCCAGAUGAAGCACCCCGAAGCGCAGGUGACCCAGUUGUGCCCGCGCGGCGUCCAUGGGCUUGGGGCGUUGCGGGCGCUGGCCAGUGCCGUUGGCGCAAAGCCGGACGAUGCCGUUCGCCAGGAGCGUUCAGAAAGCCUGCUGCCGACCGGCGCCCUCAAUCCGACCAGUAUUGCUCAGAUUCUGGCCGUACUGAUCCCGGAAAAUGGCAUCGUGGUCGAUGAGUCGGUGACGACCGGCCGCGAAAGCUUUCCGGUGACCGCAGGCGCCCUGCCCCAUGACUGGCUGCAGAACAUGGGAGGUUCGAUCGGGUACGGCAUGCCUGUUGCGACCGGCGCAGCGAUUGCCUGUCCGGACCGCAAGGUCAUCAGCCUGUCGGGCGACGGCAGCGCGAUGUACAUGAUCCAGACGCUGUGGACCCAGGCCCGUGAAAGCCUCGAUGUCACCAGCAUCAUCUUUGCCAACCGCAGCUACAAGAUCCUGCAGCAGGAAUUUGCCGGGGUUGGUGCCGGGGAGCCCGGCGCCAAGGCAAACGCCAUGCUCAGCAUCGACAAUCCGGCGCUCGAUUUCGUUGCCAUGUCGCGCGGCAUGGGCGUGCCCGCCGUUCGGGUCACCAACUGCGAGGAGCUGAUCGAGGCCCUGUCCCGGCGCCUUGAGGAAUCCGGCCCCGGCCUCAUUGAGGUCAUAGACCAGAUGCAGUUUCGGAAAGCCAUGUCGCGGUUUGCGACCGGUGUCGCCAUUCUCACCACCGAAUAUCAGGGCCAGCGCUACGGCAUGACCAUCAAUUCCCUCACCUCCGUAUCGCUGGAUCCGGCCCAGAUUCUUGUCUGCAUCAAUGCCGGCAGCCCGACCGGAAUCGCGAUAAAGAACAGCCGGGUCUUCGGCAUCAGCCUGCUCACCGAGGAUCAGACCUUUGCAUCGCGCAGCUUCGUCGGCCCGACGGCUGCCCGGUUCGAUGCGGUGGCCAGCACAGAUCACGAACUGGGCGUCCCGCUGAUCGACGGCGCCCUGGCCAACCUGGUGUGCCGGGUCGAAAACAUUUUCAUCAGCGGCGACCAUGAGAUCGCCAUUGGGGAAGUCAUCGAGUGCACCCAUGCGCCUGAAGGUUGCCCGCCCUUUCGUCGAACGGAAUUGCGUGGGGGGCGUGGCAUGAGCGGAGCCCAACAUCGGCCGGUAGCCCUGGUCACCGGUGCAUCAUAUGGUAUUGGAGCAGCAACAGCUUCGGCCCUGGCGCGCGACGGUUUCGAUCUGGCGCUGUGCGACCUCGAUACAACCAUGCUGGAGGAAACGGCGUCGGCGGUUCGUCAUCAUGGCGGCCGGGCGGAAACCAUUGCGCUGGAUCUUCGUGACGACGACAGCAUCGCGGCGGCCGUCCAGACCGCCACCGAAACGCUCGGUGCUGUCGACGUGCUCGUCAACAAUGCCGGCAUCGCCUUCCGCAAGGAGGCACUUGAGGUAACCCGCGAGGACUUCCAUCGCGUCAUGGACGUCAAUCUGGCGGGCACGUUCAUGAUGUCCCGCGCCCUGGGCGAGCACUGGAUCGCCACCGGCCAUCCGGGCGCCAUUGUCAGCGUCGCCUCGACCCACGGUCUGCACGGCGUGCCGACCAGUUCGACCUAUGGCAUUGCCAAGGCCGGCAUCGCGCAUAUGACGCGGAUGCUCGCCAUCGAAUGGGCGCCCCACCGCAUUCGCGUCAACGCGAUAGCCCCCGGCUCCACGGUGACCCCCACGAGGACCGGGCUGAGCGAUCCGGCCAAGCGCGAUGCGCUGAUGGCCCGCUUCCCGCUCGGGCGGUUCGGGCAACCCGAGGACAUGGCCGACGCCAUUGCGUACCUCGCCGGGGCCAGAGCCGGCUUCAUCACCGGCCACGUGCUGGUGGUGGACGGGGGACUGACAGCCAAAUGA